UUCUCGUUACGUCCGUGGUACGCCGUGAUGAUUGGCGCGUGAAGCGUGCGUGUCGCGUGAAGCGGAAAGGAGGAGCAAGGAGGAAACACGUUGGUUUGCGUGUAUUUGUUACGACGCGGUGCGUAUCGUUUGUCGUAGCCGUUCGCGAGUCCUUCCGGUUGCCUCGUCUACGGCUCGACACCGCAAAACACGAGGGCAGGGGAUACCUCGCGUGUUUUCACGGUGCACACCCCAACGUCGGUCCAUCUAUCCCGUCUAUCAAGGAACCACGGCCAUGGCGUCGUCCGAUCAGCCGAACAAUGUUGCACCAGACCCAGCGGAUAACGUUGCGGAAACAGCGAAGAGUGCCAGAGAUAUGGCAGAAUUGAAAAAGAAAGCUGCCAAUCAGUAUUAUUCACAAAAAGAGUACAAGAAAGCGUUGGUCGUUUACAAUGAAGUUGUUGCAUUAUGUCCCGACAUAUCGGUCUACUAUGGCAAUCGAGCGGCGUGUUACAUGAUGCUUCGACAGUAUCGAGAUGCAAUGGCGGAUGCUAAAAAAUGUAUCGAGUUGGAACCAACGUUUUCUAAAGCUUAUGUAAGAUUGAUCAAGUGUUACUUGAUUUUGGGAGACAUUCUAGAAGCUGAAACUGCAUUAAAAAAAUUACUGGAAUUCGAUCCCAAUAACGAAUCAAUAGCUGCAGAACAAAAAGACAUAGCAUAUCUAAGAAAGUUCCUUGAGGCUGCUGAUGUUGCCUACAAUGCUAAGGAUUAUCGCAAGGUUGUAUAUUGCAUGGAUCGUUGUUGCGACAUAAGCACAUCUGGGAUACGUUUUAAGCUGACCAAAGCAGAGUGUCUAGCGCUUUUAGGGAGAUACCAAGAAGCCCAAGAAAUUGCAAAUGAUGCUUUACACAUCGACAAACAGAACGCGGAAGCAUUAUACAUCCGUGGUAUGUGCUUGUAUUUUCAAGAUGAUAUCGACAGAGCUUUUUCACAUUUCCAACAAGUACUGCGACUUGCGCCAGAUCAUGCCAAAGCAUUAGAAAUAUACAAAAGAGCAAAAUUAUUAAAGAAGAAAAAAGAGGAGGGUAAUGCAGCAUUUAAAAGAGAUCAAUAUCAAGAGGCUUAUGAUCUUUAUAAUGAAGCCUUAACCAUUGACCCACACAAUAUUAUGACUAAUGCUAAAUUACAUUUUAAUAAAGCAACAGCUGCAGCCAAGUUAGGGAAGUUGAAUGAAUCUGUAGCGGAAUGCACGGAAGCUUUAAAGCUCAAUGAAAAUUAUCUAAAAGCUCUUUUGAAAAGAGCGAGUAUUUAUAUGGAACUCGAAGAAUUUGAAGAGGCGGUACGUGAUCUCGAAAAAGCGUCUAAAAUGGAUAAGACUAAUCGCGAAACAAAACGAUUACUCGGAAAAGCUAAACAGCUGUUGAGGAAAUCCAAGAGGAAAGACUAUUAUAAGAUUUUGGGUAUCGAUAAAAAUGCAUCUACCGAAGAUAUCAAAAAGGCUUAUAGGAAACGUGCUCUGGAUCAUCACCCAGAUCGUCAUGCUAAUGCCAGUGAAGGGGAGAAAAGAGAACAAGAGAAGAAAUUUAAGGAAGUCGGAGAAGCUUAUGGGAUUCUCUCGGAUCCUAAGAAACGAUCUCGUUACGAUCGCGGUCAUGAUAUAGAUGACAACGAAGGUGGUUUCCAAGAUAUGGAUCCGAACGCAAUGUUCCACUUCUUUUGUCAAGAUGGAGGCUUCCAAUUUCAGUUCCAAGACGGCUUCCCAGGCAAUGCUUUUCAGUUUCAGUUCCCAGGUUAACGACGUUUCCAAAAGCGUAUGGUGUAAUACGAUGUAUCUAACUGUGUAUAUGAUAAUCAAGUUUGUUUUAGUAAAUACUGCAUCGAAUUUUUCGAAAUACAUACCUAAGUUUACGAUGCAACGUAGUAACAUGUUUUGUGUUUCACAAUUUUGAGAUUGCUAAACGUAGAGAUUCGUCUGAGCGAUUGAUAUGCGUAUUUAUUUAUACAUGACAUAAAAUUGUAUAUAUAACAUCUACGAUCCCCAUUACAUUACAUAUUACGGUGCGGUAGACCUUCGAUUUAAUAAAUUAAUUAAGCGAAAGAACAUUAAGGUUUAACGUCAAAGUACAACAGGCAAAGUUCAGGAGAGGCCUGAGACACACUCGUACCUGACGAAACCUUUGUGAAUAGGUAAGAGAAGCAAAUAUUCGUUAGAUUGAUAAGUGAAGCGUUCUUAUUGAGAGGUUUAUUUUAUUUUUUAAUUGAAAUCUCUUUCUAGGCAAUUACCUGUUGUCGCGUUAUAAAUAUAUAAAUUAUUGAAAGAGAUUUUAAUUCUUAUUAAUUUUUUUUAUUAAGUCACCGGAACCGCCUUUAAAAUUUCGUAAAAAAAUCUAGAGUUUCGUUUGCAGACAUGGUAAAUUUGAUGUGGAAUCAUUAACAACCUUAUUGCUCCACAAUCUUAUGAGAGAUCUAUUUUAUUUUUUAAUUGAAAUCUCUUAGGCAACUACCUGUUGUCGCGUUCUAAAUAUUAUAUUAAUUAUUGAAAGAGAUUAAGAGUUUUAAUUUUUACUCAUUUUUCUAUUAGUCACUGGAAUCGCUUUUAAAAUUUCGUUAAAAAUCUAGAGUUUAUUAUAUUAUUUCGCAGAUUGCAGCAUAGCAAGUUUGAUGUAGGAUCAUUUUAAUGAAACUUAUUUGUUCCACAAUUUUUGUGCCCAUAUAUGUAUACCUGUUAAUUCCGUAUCUGUUUACAAAUUAUAGUAAGAUGCAACUCUCAUUGUAAUAUAAUUGAUUAAAACGAUAUAAAGUCGGCACAAUGUAAAUUCCGUUUGUCCUGCGAUGAUACACGCGCUUAAUCGUUUCCAAAUAAUUAUAAAGUUUUAAGAAUAUGUUGUUUCCAUAGAUCCACAAUGUAUUCAUUCUACAGAUCUUUCUACAAAUACAUAUAUUAUAAGACAUCU